AUGGAUGAAAUGAAAUGGACAACCAGACAUCCUAAGGCAGAGGAUCUAAGGGUUGGGCUCCUCAACUGGGCAGGAACUUACCUCACUUUUGAAGCAUACAAAAAUACAGUCACAACUACUGCAAAGAGUUUGGGCAGAAAACAGACCUGGGAGCUCCUGGUUAGCAAUGAACAUGAGGCACAGGCUGUGAUACGACUAAAGAGCUUGCAGGGUCUCUACCUUCUCUGUGAGGCAGAUGGCACUGUGAGCUAUGGUCGGCCAAAGAACAGCCACCAUGGAUGCUUCCUACUCCGUUUCCACCGGAAUGGCAAGUGGACCCUCCAGUGCAUAAUCUCUGGUCGUUAUCUGGAGUCCGAUGGUGAGAAUGUGUUCUGCAACUCCCAGGUCCUCUCUGCUUACCAUAUGUGGACCCCCCGGCCAGCCCUGCAUGUCCACGUGACCCUGUACAGCCCUGUCUACCACAGCUACGCCAGGGCUGACCACACUGUGGGCCGCAUCUGGGUGGAUGCAGCAGUCCCCUGCCUGGAAGAAUGUGGCUUCUUGUUGCACUUCCAAGAUGGAUGCUACCACCUGGAGACCUCUACUCACCACUUCUUGUCCCAUGUAGACCGGCUGGUUGCCCAAACAUCACCACAAACAGCUUUUCAUAUGCAAGUACGGCCUGGAGGGCUUGUGGCACUGUGUGAUGGAGAAGGUGGUUCAUUAUAUCCACAUGGUGCACAUAUGCUCCUGGGCCUGGGCUCCAAUCCCAUGAAGGGCCAGGAGUGGUUCAUCCUACAGCACUUCCCAACCUGGGUCAGCCUCAGGACAAAGGCUCGGAAGUUCAUUUCAGUCAUCUACGAUGCUGAGGUGUGUGCUGCCUCUGAGCAAUUGACCCCAAUGUCAUUGUUCCAGUUUGAAUGUGACUGUGAGACCCCCACUUUGCAGCUUCAUUCAGCCAAUGGCUACUACCUAGCCCAGCGGCGCCACAAGUCAGUGAUAGCUGAUGGGCAUCCAAUGGAGUCUGACACCUUCUUCCGUGUGCACUGGAAUUGUGGCAAGAUUAUUCUGCAGUCUUCCAAUGGGCGCUUUUUGACUACUACUGCCAAUGGCCUGCUGAUGGCCAGUGCUACCAUUCCAGGUCCAAAUGAGGAGCUUGGGAUUCGAUUUGCCAACCGCCCUUUCCUUGUUUUGCGAGGUCGGUAUGGGUAUGUGGGCUCCUCAUCAGAGCAUGACCUCAUACAGUGCAAUAUGGAUGAACCCGACUGCAUUCACCUUCUGCCCUGCCGUCAGGGCAUCUACCACUUCCAGGCACAGGGUGGAUCCUUCUGGUCAAUAACAUCCUUUGGCUCCUUCCGCCCUUGGGGAAAGUUUGCCCUCAACUUCUGCAUAGAACUUCAUGGAAGCAACUUGCUCACAGUGCUGGCACCCAAUGGCUUUUACAUUCGAGCCGACCAAAGUGGCACCCUAAUGGCAGACAGCGAAGAUGUUACCAAAGAGUGUAUCUGGGAAUUUUAG